GUGGGGGAAGUGUGUACUGUGUAGCAAGUUGAGGCAUCCAAAAUGUUCCAAAAAUCUCUGGUGUCCAUAUCCUAGCCACCCACACUAAUCUCACUAUCCCAUCCCUGAUCCCUCUUCACCCCAUUAUACUUUUCUUUUCUGUUUAAUUUCUUCCCAUACCAAAACUUUAAUCCUCUUCUUGAAACACAAAAACAAAACCACCAACUUAAAAGAUCGUUGAAAUGGCAGAUUGGGGGCCAGUGUUGAUCGGAGUGGUGCUCUUCAUCCUGCUUCAACCAGGACUUCUGUUUCAGUUCCCCGGGAACAGCAAACAAUUAGAAUUCGGGAGCAUGAAGACCAACGGCAAAUCCAUAGCUGUUCACACCCUCAUCUUCUUCGUUCUUUACGCCAUCUUCGUUCUUGCUCUUCACAUCCAUAUUUACACCGGCAAUUAGUCCUCUUUCACUCUUGUACUGAACUAGCUUUUAAACUAAUCUGUUACUAUAAUUUACUCCUACAUUAAUUUAUCUUUGUCUUUGUUGUUUGCCUGCUUAGUUGUUUCCAUGGUUUUAAUGUUGUUACAUCUCA